GCUGUGUUUAGGGCAGAUCACGGUUGACCUACAAAGGGCUCCAGCAACGCAAGUCGACGAUGAAGACGAUACUAUCACAGCCCUUGCGGUUCCUUCGCGGCACCAGCUUCUCAGGAGGCGCAAAUCAGGCAAGGUGGCUGCACAAGACGAGGCCAGCUCCGACAAUCCCGCAGCCGAGACCGUUCGUCCCCGACGUCCAGACCUUCCUCACCCUCAUCGGCCGCGGCCUCAGCAAGCACGCCUCCAAGUUCCCGUCAUGGGAGUCCCUCUUCUCCCUCACCUCGCCGCAACUCAAGGAGCUCGGGAUCGAGCCGCCCCGUAGCCGCCGAUACCUGCUGCAGUGGAUGCAGCGAUACCGAGAGGGCGCUCUGGGUCCCGGCGGAGACUUCAAGUAUGUCACAGACGGCCAGGCUCUGCUGAAAGUCGCAACACCACCGGCGUCCGUCGUCAGCGAUGCGAAAUACGUCGUCAACGUGCCCAUGGAUCAAGAAGCGGUUUUGGAAAAGGACCAGGUCUUGCCCCGCCCAAAUGGCUACACAGUCAGAGGACUCAAGUCAAUAGCCGGCCCGUAUGCGACGCCGCUGCCGCAGCAGGCUGGUGCAAUCGUCAAGGUUACGGAGGGCAUGUGGGAGCAACGUCAAGGCCGCAAGAUUGAUGGUGGUGAGAGAAGAAGGGCAGAGAUUCGGUUCAAGAGACGGUCGGUGGAGCGGAGAGCUGAGCGCGAG